AUGGCGAAGGAGGCUCAGGCUCGAAAACCAGUUUCUCUACUAGGAAGCUGCAAGUCUCAGAAAGAAAUUUUCCUUGAAGUGUUUGACAGCGUCGUCGUACGGCUGUGGAUUCCUACCAUCAAGAAGAAACCGGCCCAUACCAUUCCACCAAAUUAUCUGGCAAACACUGUGGAAAGUCGUGAACAGCAACUAACUACAUGGUACCGUUGGCGGAAAAACCCUGCUCGCCUGGGCCACACGAGUGGUGUUAAAGGAGCUUUGAAGUUCGACACUGUGUUAGCUGGUGGUGUAGAACUUAAGGGGACCCGGGCACCGCAAAAAAUAGACAUUUACUCCUAUGAAUACUAUGGAGAAAAAGUCAAGGACACUGCAGACGCCGAAAUCAGAGUACAGAAUGUUACUGACCACGGGCCAAAGCUGAAUAAGCGCCAUGAGGUGUCUGUGUUCAACUAUCACGUUGGCGAACUUGAGAGUGGGGCACAGUUUGAUCAGACUUAUGCCAAUUUUGAUGUGGUGCAGGCUGCAUUUCUAGCCUUCGUCAAAGACGCUCUCGAUACUCGACACUGCCCCAAGACUCAGACGCUGAGGAGGCAGAAGAUUCAUCAUCAGACUCGCAUGAUGGUUCAGACAAGGAGUGGGCAAGCUGCCAUUCCCUUGUUUUUGAUGGAAUCUGGGCCAUCGACAGGCUCUCAGCCAUUUCCAUUGACUCAACUUGCUCAGUCCAAUAGCCUCAAAACAGCGUCGUUUCGUAGCAGUCCACUCGGAGUGCCAGCUGGUACUGCCAUUCAAUUCCUAAAGUCGAAGAGUGCAUUAUCGUCCCCACCCGAAUUCGUGUCAGUCAGCGAGGCGGAUGUCUUGUGUCGCAGUCAAUCACACGUUGACGACCCUUUUGCACCGGAGCAGAUCAAUCCCUGGGAUUCUCGCUAUUCCAUGAAGCCCGCUAACCUCCAGCUCAUGUUAGGAGGGUCGGUUACCGUUUCCCAAACAAUGUUUGACAAGUGA